AUUUCCCACAAUGCAAUCACUUCCCUAACCUCACUUUAGAGGCGGGGUCAGUUGAGGUUGUGACAAGAGCAGCAACAGCAUGGGCGACAUGUCAGCCAGUCAAAGUCACCACUGUGCGAGUGAAUGACAAACUGACUUGAAAGUUAGUGUCUUUAUUGCAUUAGUUAGACAAAUGCUUCCUCGACGUGUGUUCUCUGUUUAAAAACCCCGAGUUGUCUCGCAGAGAGCCAACAGCUAGCGAGUGUCAUCCAAGCUAAUGUUUGGCUAACUUUUAAGCAAAGGGACGUUAGAUAAUUCUGCUGGAAAAGUACAAAGCUUUGGAAUUUGUCCUUCUGGUGUCAAGUCAGGGUCAUUGCUGCUUUCCCCUUGUGGUUGGAUCAAUGAGUGCACAUCGAGGCAGCAGAGAACAGUCCUCUGGCAUGGGGAGUGGAGUCCAGGAGCAACGUGCAUCACCCAGUAAAGAGGAUGGGCUGCCGCGGGCCUCCACUCAGGCAGAAGGCACGAAGCAGAAGACCCCCUCCGUGGUCAUCACGCUCUUCUCGGGGGCAGUCGCGGGCGCUGUGGCCAAGACAGCUGUCGCUCCGUUAGACAGGACUAAAAUCAUCUUCCAAGUGUCUUCAGCGAGAUUCUCUGCCAAAGUAUGUUUGAGUUGGAUAUCAAAUAAGACAACAGAAGCCUACAGAGUGAUCUACCGCACGUACUUGAAAGAUGGCUUCCUCAGUCUGUGGAGGGGCAACUCUGCCACUAUGGUGCGAGUCGUCCCGUAUGCAGCCAUCCAGUUCUCUGCUCAUGAGCAGUACAAAAGUCUCCUGGGGGAAUAUUACGGUUUUCAGGGAAAGGCCCUACCUCCACUUCCAAGGCUACUGGCUGGAUCCUUGGCAGGCACCACUGCCACCAUGUUGACGUAUCCUCUGGAUAUGGUGCGAGCUCGCAUGGCUGUGACACCAAAGGAAAUGUACAGCAACAUCCUGCAUGUGUUUGUGAGGAUCUCUCGAGAGGAGGGCCGGAAGACACUGUACCGGGGUUUUGCCCCCACCAUACUGGGUGUGGUCCCCUAUGCCGGCCUGAGCUUCUUUACCUAUGAGACGCUCAAGAAGCUCCAUGCAGAGGAAAGUGGGCGGCGAGAACCUUACUCCUACGAACGACUGGCCUUCGGUGCCUGUGCGGGCCUCAUUGGUCAGUCGGCGUCUUACCCUCUGGACGUGGUGCGGCGGCGCAUGCAGACUGCGGGCGUGACGGGUCACACUUAUGGCAGCAUCCUGGGCACCAUAAAGGAGAUAAAGUCUGAGGAGGGCGUAGUCAGAGGACUCUUCAAGGGCCUCAGUAUGAACUGGGUAAAAGGGCCCGUUGCGGUGGGAAUCAGCUUCACAGUCUUUGACCUCACCGGUAUACUCCUGAGUAAGCUGCGACAGAUGAGCCACACGUCUCGGUAAUGGCGGGAAAACGUGCUAGUCGGACUUUGCGGAGAGAGUGUGUGAGGAGUGUGUGCCUAGCAAACACACACGGGGUGAGUGUGUCCUCUACAUGAUGAAUAUGUCCACACUGUUAUGUGCUUCAAAGUGCAAUAUGCUGCGUGUGCUUCUGAUCUGUGCUUCAGUUUGAACUGACACGGUACACACACACACACACACACACACACACACACACACACAACUUGUCUACAUGAACUAACGCCUUCCAAUACAAUGCAAGCUGACAUUUAAAAAAAAAAGUCAAUAUAGAAACUUUUGCCAUAAUUAGUGCUACUUUGACAAAAUGCAAAUAGUGUUUCUAUGUACAAUACAGGCCAAAUGUUUGGACACACCUACUCAUUCAAUGCGUUUUCUUUAUUUUCAUGACUAUUUACAUUGUAGAUUGUCACUGAAGGCAUCCAAACUAUGAAUUAUCACAUGUAGAAUUAUGUACUUAAAAAAAUAAAUAGUGAAAUAACUGAAAACAUAAUCAAAAUAGCCACCGUUUGCUCUGAUUACUGCUUUGCACACUCUUGACAUUCUCUCAAUAAGCUUCAGGCGCACCUGUGAAGUGAAAACCAUUUCUGGUGACUACCUCUAGAAGCCAUCCGCAGUAUUUAUUUAUAUGACCCAAUGCAAACAACCCUACCUCGUCAUGGGGCAAAAAAAAUAAAAGAUCCAACCAACACGAAAUCUUAACAAGCAUGGUCACACAUAACACAACCUGCUCACUGAUCUUUGUGAACAUUUAAAACAAUGUUCAUUCACCCUAAAAAAAAUUACACUUUGCACACUCUUGGCAUUCUCUCAAUGAGCUUCAAAAGGUAGUCACCUGAAAAGGUUUUCACUUCACAGGUGUGCUUGAAGCUCAUCGAGAAAUUGCCAAGAGUGUGCAAAAAGUAAUCAGAACAAAGGAUGGCUAUUUUGAAGAAACUAGAAUAUAAAACAUGUUUUUAGUUAUUUCACCUUUUUUUAAGGACAUAUUUCCACAUGUGUUUAUUCAUAGUUUUGAUGCUUUCAGUGACAAUCUACAAUGUAAAUAGUCAUAAAAAUAAAGAAAAGCUGUGACCAAAUGUUUGGCCUGUACUGUAUAUGACGAUUACAUUGAAUUAUACUUAACCAACAAAGCAGAUCUCCUAUUGUUUCUUAUAACUCUUCAAUUUUGAAAUUGUGAUGAAAAUCAUCAUUUAUUACUACAGAUGUAAAAAAGAGGCCUAAUUUCUGCACAAAUCCUUUGGCCCUUGGCUCUCUAAUAUAUAUGAGAAUACAACAUAAAUGUGAUAUCUGUGAAGUAUAUAAAUGUGCAUUAAUGAGAUCUUGAAUGGAGAAUAUCACUCCAGUUCAGCACAAAGUCACCUAAAAAUUUAAUUAUGCUUCCAACAGCAUAUAUUGAUGCUUGCUAGCACAACAAUAGCAAGCAUUUUACUGUUUUGUGUAUUUUUUUCAAAAUCCCAGCUGCACAAAUAUUUCUAGAGCCUUUUUAAUGUUUGGUUGGAUUUUAGUUGAGUUUGUGAGUGUUUUAAGUCCAGAUGAUAUGGUGAAGAACAUAAUAUCCCCAUAUUGACAUCAUAUACAUUAAAAUUCACAUUUCCAUUAUUAAAUCAUGUGACCUUUUUUUAACUACUGACUACAUCAUAAGGGCAGUAAAAAGGUAUUGCACAAUAGUUGUCUAUCCACCUUUUAUCUCAGCACAUCAGCGCCAACUUACUGUUAAACAGGAUGAUCGGCAGAGAGCAGCGAAGUGUCAUAAAGCAGUGGUCCCCAACCACCGGUCCGGGCCGCACAUCAGAAAAACGAAAUUAUUUAAUUUUAAUUAAUUCAAAGGACUGCAUUUUCUCUGACUCAACUUUGGCCUGUCUCACUGGACACGGCAAUAAGCUUGUUUAUAGAUGUACAAUGAAACUCCCCAUAGGAAGUUAUAUUUGUUAUAACUUUGUGACUUGAUAAGAUGCAUAUUAAUCAACAUAUAACUGUGACGGAUUGUAACCGAAGGCUGAUUUCCAUCUUGUUUCAAAGAAACAAGUCCAGGGCUCCCACUAAUUCAGCGUUCUAGUGACUUGUAUUUUUGCUGUAUUUAUCAGGCACAAGUGGAAAGCCAGUCCCUAAAAAUAAUGAAUGCCUACAUUAAAGCAAAAAAAGGUUGGGGGCCACUGUCCUAAGCGACCGACCCCCCCCCGCCCCUCCGCCCCUUAGAUAUUUAUUACAUGUAAUAUUUUAUUACCGCAAUCAUGUUUAUUUAAGAUUUGUGUUGAAUGCUCUCACAUACUUGAAAAAUGUCAUAGAAAGUCUCUGCGGAACAAAAGUGUGCCUUGUGGUGUGCAACUUCAUUUAUUGCAGGGAUUUCAAUAUGUUUGUUAUGUAGAUGGUUUACGUUUGAAGUAAAAGUGCCUGGCAAGGAACACUUAAGUGUUUUACCUUACAAUGACUGAGCUACUAUUUUUGAAAAGGUAUUUUUCAGGUUCUUUGUGAUGAUUCAGCAUGUGGUUUAAGGGUUAUUAGGACUGACUGUAUUAGUCCAGUGAUGUUUUCCCCUCAAUACAGUUUCCUAACCUCGAAAGAUGUGAACCACGGCUCACUUCCAUGUCCUUUCGCAUGUGAUGGGUAUUAUUCAAUCAUUUGUAUUUGUCAGUUUCAAAAUGAUCAAUGUUUGUGGAGGGACUAGUUGAAGAAAUAACAAAAUGGAAACGUUUUAUUGUUGUUUCAUCACAAUUUGCACACGGCCAAGUAAACAGUUUUGCAUGGUGGUACAACAAAUCACAUAAUGUUUAACAUUCAGAAUGUAUGUUUUAAAAUGUCAAAUAAAAACUGGAUACUUUUGA